AUCGCUGGAGUGAACAACUUUGGUGUCGGAGGAGUGAACGCCAAUUGUCUUCUCGAACCUAAUUAUAAGGUUUGCGAUGAGAAUAGCCUUAAGAUCGCCGACACUAUCCCCAGGAUUGUUAACAUCUGUUGUCGAACUGAGGAAGCGUUGAAUAAUGUAUUCAAUUUCAUUGAGAAUAAUCCACAGAAAAUUACUCGAGAUUUUCUGGCCUUAAUGGCCGAAACUAUGCGCGUCGAGCCAUCGCUUAAUUCAAGUGGAUUUCCAUAUAGAGGUUCGAUGAUUAUAAAACAAUUGGCUGAUAAUCAAUAUGAGUAUAAGAAACAGUCGGCAGUGUUUACACUCAAAACACAACGACCCGUAUAUUUCCUGUUCCCCGGUUUGGGCGGACAAUGGGUUGGAAUGGCUAAGGCUUUGAUGCCAAUCAAGAUAUUUGCCGAUAAGAUCGAUGAAUGCCAUGAAGUACUCAAACCCCACGACAUAGACUUAAAACAUCUCUUAUUAUCUGAUGACAAAAAUUCAAUGUCUAAUAUGACGAACAAAUUCUGUGCCACAACUGCUAUAGAAAUAGCAUUAUGUGAUGUUAUCCUCGCUCUCGGUAUUACUCCCGACGGUAUUAUUGGUCACUCUUUCGGCGAAAUAGCGGCCGCUUAUGCCGACGGAUGUCUUGACACACGAGAAGCGAUGUUAGUUACCUAUUAUAGAGGACUUGUGACCGAAAGUGAUAAAAAGAUACCGAAAGGACUGAUGGCUGUCGCGGGUCUGUCUUGGAAUGAGGCCAAGAAGUUGUGUCUGAAAGGAGUGAGUCCUGUCUGUAAUAACGGAAAGGACACAGUCGUCGUCUCAGGACUAUACAAUGAAAUGAAGCAAAUGAUUGAAGAUUUGAAUAAGAAAGGAGUAUUUGUUCGCGAACUCCAGAGCCAUGACAUCCCAUAUCAUAGCGAAUAUCUCAUUACAUCGGCGAAGAAACUGACGGACGAACUGAAACAAGUGGUUCCCAAUCCUAAACUACGCUCAAAGAAAUUUAUUUCAACCGCUGUUAUCGAUAGUGAGGGCGAUAUCGCGUUAAAGACCGCGUCGGCCGAGUAUUUCGUCCAUAAUCUCAUAUCUCCCGUCUAUUUCUAUAACAAAUUCAAACACUUGCCAUCGGAUGCCCUUAUCCUUGAGAUCGGACCGCACGGGCUGUUCGGCAAAGUAGUGAAGGAAACACUAGAAUCGGGUACUUAUGUGUCGCUCAUUAAAAAGGACUCAAACGAUACAAAUCUUGAGAUGUUUUUACAAUCGAUCGCAAAGUUGUAUGAAUUAGGACUCAAUCCUCUAAUUGAGAACCUAUACCCUCGGGUCGAAUGGCCGGUCGCCAGAAGUACUCAAUCCAUUAGUUCUCUAUUGAAAUGGGAUCACGAUUUCAAUAAUAAUGUCCGUAAAUAUCCCGACUAUCACUUCAGAUCAUACGCUUCUGACAUGAAUGAAGUUUAUAAUCCGUCGCAAAGUAUUAAAGCGUUUCUUCCCGAGCAUUGCAUUGACGGCAAUGUCUUAUAUCCGGCCACCGGUUAUCUGAUGCUCGCCUGGAGACGAAUGUCGUGUCAAUACGGAAAACUAUGGAACCAAUUGCCGGCCAUCUUCGAGGACGUCCAGUUCCGGAGACCCAUAUUUUUGUCGGACACCGAUAUGACUAGAAUUAAAGUCAGAUAUCAUGAAACUUCAGGCGAGUUUACAAUCCUAGAGAGCGGUAACGUUGCGUGUGUGGGAAGAGUCCGCACAACCGAUGAAUACGCUCUGAGUUUGCAAAACGUUUUGGUCGACACCGAAGCCAAUAUGGAUAAGGAGUUUGAAGUGAAUCUGACCACAAAUGAUCUCUAUAAAGACCUCAAAGUCUUGGGCUAUGAUUACGGACCGAAGUUUAGACGCAUUCGUUCGGUGAAGACAAACAAUUUUGAGACAAUUCAGGGAGAGAUC